AAAAGAAUGAAUCAUGGCUGAGGCGGCCAAGAAGACUGAGCCCAAGAGUGAGUCAGAAAGACCCAUGAUCAAUGAUCCCAACGAAACAUGGAUUACACGCAUCUUCAAUUACAGAUGCUACAUCACCUUCCUUACUGGCUUCUACAGUUGUGACUGGGAAUACGAAGAGUGGGAUAAGACGGAACUUGGAUCCUGUUGCUGCUCUCGGAUAGAGCAGGUGUUCUUUGUGUGCCUGGUAAUUUCAUUUUGCGUCUCCGUCACUUUGCUGUUCUUGUGGAUAGAAACCUCCAAUGAAUACUUUGACUUUGACUGGGUUGUUCAUCUAGGAACGGGACGUUGGUUCUACUGGUCCAUUUUAAUGCUGAGUUUAACUGGAAUCAUGACUGCCUACACUUCAUUGUUGUUGGUACUUGGAUUUUUGUUGCUCUGGGAAAGGAUGGAACUGUUCCUGCAUGCCUGUCAUAAAGUCCUGAUUUGGCUAGUGAUUAUACUGUGUGUCUUUCUUAUGGCUAUUAUAUGCAAAUUCUGGCGUGACAAGUGGCUGAUAGCUGGGCUGUCAUUGAAGAUCUUCGCUCCCUAUGUGCACCUGUGCGGCAUAGCUGUGAUGUCCAUCAUCUCCUGGCCUCUAUCAUUCUACGUGUCCCGUUUGGAAGCAGAAAUUAGACUAAGAAGAUUCAAGAUGACAUGUUUCGAGGUGCAAAAUGAAGAGGAAACUGAUAUAUUCAGAAGGUUAAGAGCUCUACAAGUGGCUGUUGCAUUUCCCUUUUUACUUCUUCUCAUAUGUCUGUAUUUGUUGCCACUUGGGAUUUAUUCUCCUUGCAUUCAGAAGACGGAGGAUUUGGGGCCUAGGCCUGUCUUUAUUGCACACAGAGGUGCACCAAUGGUAGCACCAGAAAAUACCAUGAUGUCCUUUGAGAAGGCCGUUGAAUUUGGUGCCUAUGCUCUGGAGACUGACGUAUACUUAAGUUAUGAUCAUGUGCCUUUCCUCAUGCAUGACCAUGACCUGAGUAGAACAACCAAUAUCAAGGAGGUCAUGCCAAAUGCCACCUAUAACCACUCUGCCUUCUUCAGUUGGCCUUUGCUGAGAACUCUGAAUGCUGGCAAAUGGUUUGUAGAGAAUAUGCCCUAUUACAAUAUGAAACCUCUGUCUGAGGAAGACAAAAGGAGAGCAAGAAAUGAGACAAUUCCAAAACUAGUUGAUUUAUUGGAACUUGCAAAGAAGGAAAGGAAGUUUUUGAUAUUUGAUCUUUUUGGCCCUCCACCAACACAUCCUCUCAGAAACGGAUAUAUCCGCCAUGUAGUAGAUCUGAUCCUCAAGUCUAAGAUUGAGCAGCAUCUGAUACUUUGGCUGCCAGUUUAUGAUAGAGAAUAUGUAAAACAGGUGGCUCCUGGUUUUCAGCAAGUGGGCCGUUUUCUGUCCGUUGAAAAACUUGCAGAAGAAAAUAUCAAGAUGAUAAAUGUUGACUACAAGAAGUUAUUCUACAAUGGGUUGAGAGAAUAUAAAGCAGCUAAUAUUAACAUCAACUUAUACAUCAUCAAUGAGCCAUGGCUUUUCUCACUGGCGUGGUGCUCCAAGAUCAACUCAGUGACCACAGACAACAUUCCACUCCUGAGUCAGAUGAGUUACCCCUACUUCUUCAUGACACCAGGAUACUACAUGGGCAUAUGGCUUCUCGUGGAUUUUACUUCUGCAGUUAUCAUUACCGCCAUAUUUUGUUUCCACUGGUGGAGAGAAGCUGAAAAGGAAAAAAUGCGGGAAGUCUGCAAUGCCUCAGGUAAAGUCCAAGGCCUUGCUUGCUCCUCCCUCUCGUCCCCCUACCCAUUGCUUCCCAGAGCCCUGGCUAUUCCUAUGAAGAGAAAAGAGACCGCCAGCCUGCAGGAGAAACCCACACAGCCUCCUGAUCGAAUUGGGGAAAGUCCUUGGAUUAUAAAUCCCCCAAACAAGGGCUCAAAGAAACCACCAUCUGUGAAGGACAAUGUUAAAACAGAUGCCGCAAAUGCUCCAAAGCCUCCCCUGACAGAGUCCUCCAAAGAUACCAAUACGUACUAUUCCACCUUCUCCGAGACCUCUCAAGAGCCACGUACAAAGUAG